AUGCUUCUAUCAUCAUUGCUAUUAAUUUUAUUAUUAAAUAUUGCACAAGUACAUUCGAAAAGACCCAAUGUCCUUUUCAUAAUAGUGGACGAUUUGAAACCUGCGCUGAAAUGCUAUGGAGACAAAAAUGCACAUACGCCGAACAUUGAUUCUCUUGCAAGGAAAAGUUUUUUGUUUAACAACGCCUUUGCCCAGCAAGCACUCUGUGCUCCAAGCCGAAAUUCUUUGCUUACCAGUAGAAGACCAGAUUCCACGAAACUGUACGACUUUUACAGUUACUGGAGAGACACAGCGGGGAAUUUCACCACAAUUCCUCAGCAUUUCAAACAAAAUGGUUACUACACUUACUCGAUAGGAAAGGUCUUCCAUCCAGGAAAAUCCUCAAACUUUACAGAUGACUAUCCCUACAGUUGGACUACGAGAACAUUCCAUCCAAAAACGGAAAAAUAUAUGAACGAAAAAGUUUGUAUUGGGAAGAGAGGGGAAUAUGUGAAGAAUUUGAUUUGUCCUGUGAUUACCGAAUCCCAACCCCUCGGGACUCUUCCCGAUUUGGAAUCUUUAGAGGAAGCCCAACGAUUUCUGAAAUAUAAGAAGCAUAUUUCUGAAAGACCAUAUUUCUUGGCCGUUGGAUUCCAUAAACCACACAUACCCUUCAGAUUUCCUUCAAGAUAUCUGGAUUUCCACCCAUUGGAUAACAUAUCGUUACCCACUAACAGAUGGCGUCCUUCCUUGCUACCAACCGUAGCUUGGAACCCAUGGACUGAUUUGAGAUGGAGAAACGAUAUCAAGGAGUUGAACAUUUCAUUUCCAUUUGGAUCAAUGCCUGAUGAUACUACGAAAAAGAUCAUUCAGGCAUACAACUCUGCUACGACAUACGUCGACGAUCUGAUUGGAAAGUUGCUGAAAUCUGUUGAUAAUAAUACCAUCGUGGUAAUCACGUCUGAUCAUGGGUGGUCUAGAGGUGAACAUGGUGAAUUUUCGAAGUUCAGUAAUUUCGAAGAAGCCACUCGAGUUCCAUUGAUAAUCCAUGUUCCUGGCUUAUCAAAGAGACAGAUUUUGUCUGAAAACCUUGUAGAGCUAGUAGAUCUGUUUCCGACUCUGGUUGAUUUAUCUCAAGUUUCCGGACCGUUGAAAGUAUGCCCAAAAAAUAAUUUAAACAAUAUCAUCUGCACGGAAGGAAAAAGUUUGGCACCACUUAUGUUCGAUUUGGCAGAGGGAAAGGUUUCUCAAGGCAAAAAGGCAAUUUUCACUCAAUAUCCUAGACCCGGUCCGAAUCCAACUUCGAUCCCGAAUAGCGAUAAGCCCAAAUUGAGAGAAAUAAAAAUCAUGGGAUAUUCCAUCAAGACCAUCAGACACAGAUAUACUGAGUGGGUGAAAUUCGACCCGCGAAAUUUCACAGCUAACUGGAAGAAAGUUUAUGGUAGAGAAUUGUAUGACCAUUUGAUAGAUCCGAAAGAAAAUAUGAACAUUGUAGAUAACACGGAGUUGGCUGAUAUUGUUAGUUCGUUGAGAAAGUCUCUUAUUGCUGGAUGGCGAUACUCUUAUUGA